AUGUCAGAGAAUUGCGAGAGGGGUCCAGGUGGCAACGAGGUGUGUCAGAGGAGGGGUAAUAUGUUAAGGCUAGUUUGUUUCUCACUAACUAUCCGCAUCCAAUGAUGUGGAGUAUGCUGAGUGGAGUCAGUCCCCCUCGAUCAUUUAAAAGGGAAACUAAGGGGGACACUGACACAGGGCAUGAUGCAUCUCACUCAGCCAAGGAUUAUAGUGAAAAACAAGCGCUAAGUAUGCGUGGUGGAGUGAGGAGUAGUACCUCCACAUCUACUUCUACCACAUCUACUUCUAUGUGGUCGAAAGAAGGCGGAAACUUGGGACGAGCAGGGGUAGAUGAGACGAAGAAUGAGACUACCUCUACUUCUAUUAAGGCAACCGCUGAUGAGGCAUCCUCAGCAGCAUCGAUCCUUGUCUCUUUUUCUAAGGACUUGAAAAAGAAGCCAAGAAUGGGUUCUGAGGGAUGCGAGCGCGGUUGCUCUAAUUCCACUUCGAAUCUCCGUGGUAGUGCUAACAUAGCCCAGCAGCCUCAAGUUGAAGAACUUAUGACUCAAAGAUGGCCUUUUAGAGUCUGACUUUUUUUUAUAAUCGUGCAAGACUUGUCUGAACUUUUUCGUUUAUAGAAGAAUCUUUGUACUAGUAUUCUAGGCGACCUUAUAUGUCCCGAAACAAAAGAUAUGUAUCCACCUGAGUCAUCUCUCGCUCCUACCCACUCUAAGAAAACAGUUGUAGAGAUAAAAACACCACCGACCCAGACACCGAACUUCCGAAGCUCUGUUAUCGCACCUACUGCUACUUCUACUCCGACUGCUACUCCUGCUGCGGAGGCUGUUCCUGCUGUACCUGCUGUGCCUGAAAACAAGCUGAAUUUGAGGGGCUCGGCAGAGAACGCCAAGACGGUAGACGCAAGCACUGUAGACCAAAAGCAUGGACAUCACCAUCACGUUCACGAUCACUCGGGACAUCAUCAUCAUGACCACGGACAUGGACACGAGCACGGACAUGGACACGAUCAGGCUAAGGCAACAAGUGUUCUAUCAGUACUGUACCGUGUGUUUGUGUAGGGUGUCUAGAGCUACCCUACAUCAUGUGAGAAGUGGCAACUCAUAGGACUCUGCGCGGAUGCGUUUAGUUUCAUUCUCUUGAGUAAAGUAGUUUCUUGAAUUCUAAGGCCAAUGAGAUUAUUAUGGGAAGGAUUGCAAGAGACGGCUCCAAAAAAUUCAGGGGAUGAGAGGUCGUUCCAAAAAAUUCUAAUCACAGACACGGACACCACCAUCAUCACCAUGCUCAUGAUUUUGCGGGACACAACGAACACGAGCAUAAUGACGCUGCCCAUAAGGCCAAGGCGCAGUUCAAUAAGACUUACGGCACAUUAAGUAGUAUUUGAACUCUGCACAUUCAGUAGUGUUCGAAGUUCAAUAUGAAAAUAUUUUGAAGCUGCUCUGGUUUUUCAGUCUCAUGUCAAGUAGAAGAUCGUAGAAGAUUUUUUGUCGUUUCGUCUCAACAUCUGGAGAUAUCCUUGUCCACCAUGAAGAUCUUUUCUCUUCUAAUCUCCGAACUUCCGACGACCGAGUGCUUCUGGCGACGCAGAUUCGAGUGAGCCUUCGCAAGAAGAUGAGACGGAUACGCGUACCACUACCAAUUUGCGUGGAAGACGGGCUCCUAAUGAUUAAGGCUUCUUGUAGCGGAUGUUUGUUUAUUGUUUGACGAUAGAAGGAACUGACAGAUUCUUUCUAAAACAGGUAACGAAAGUGAACCACAAUUGCGAACCACCCUCACUCAUCACCCUCACUUACCACCCUCAGCCCUCACUCACCCUCAGUCUAAGAACCUAAAGCUGGCGCAGGGAAAGCUGCGGGAGUCGAGAAGCACCAUUUCAGACGAGCUCUGGAACAGUCGGGCGGUCGCUUCUAUCGCACUCUGCAGCUGGGAGGAUGUUUGA